AUGGCGGCAUCUCCAGUGCAACACGAUUACUAUGCUGUCCUGGGCAUCUCGGACACUGCAAAUGCAUCCACUAUAAAACUGGCCUACAGAAAGGUUGCAUUGGCCAAGCACCCAGACAAAAACAAGUCACCAAACGCGACUGCUGAGUUCCAGCUGGUUGGUGAAGCCUACGAAGUCCUCUCGGACCCUCACAAGCGCCGCCUCUAUGAUAAAUCUUAUGCCACGAUCAAAAUCGAAGCAGCGCAAAAAAGGGAGCGCCAAAGAAUCGUAACCGAUCUUGCUACAGUAUGGUUUGCAAGGAAUAAGUGUCGCGAGCAGACCGAAAAACUGCAUCGAGCUAUUGAAGAGCAUCUACGCAGUGCCACAGCGGACUUGGAUCGUCUGAAGCAGGAAUUGAAUGGCAUUAUCUCGAGGUCAAACGCCGCCGUGGGAGGAAGACAAAUACCGGUGGCGAUGGCUUUGCUCUGGGAACGACGCGCGAAGGAGUAUGAAGUUAGAAUCAAGGCGUUGGAGGUCGGGCGGCUAGAAGAAAGCUUUCGGACAAGCCAGAAUCUCCUGAAGGCUAACGAUAUCUCUUUCUCUAUUUAUAUGGGCAAGGCUGCAAAUGAGUACAGGAGAUAUGGGGGCGGAAGGUGA